UCCCCAAGUCAGUCGAAGGUCAUAAAACACAAAUUUGAUUCAUAAGAAGGAGUCCUUUUCCCUGCAAAACGAUUAAAACACACCGACAAGAAAAUCAAAACUCCUCUGAAAAUGGCUCUCUCUUGCAACAACACCCUUUUCCCGAAACCCUUCUUUACCUCUUGUUCUUCUCAGACUCAGGGGACGCACUUCUCCAAUCUCCCACAACCCACCAAGCAAGACCCCAUUUUCAAAAUCAAAGGACCUUCAACUCUCUCAGGCCACAUUACCAUAAGUGGCUCAAAAAACGCUUCUUUACCUCUCUUAGCAGCCACUCUCUGCUGCUCAGGCACUUCACUUCUCCACAACCUUCCCAAUGUCUCUGAUAUCCAAGCCAUGGCUUCCAUCUUGAACUCUUUGGGUGCUAAAGUUGAUGCCUUUGAUGGGAAAAUGAGGGUUAACAGCGAUGGGGUUGGCAAAGUGGAGGUUGAUUUGGAGGAAAUGAAGAAGAUUAGAGGUGGGUUUUUUGUUAUAGGGCCACUGGUGGCCAGGUUUGGUGAAGCUGUUGUGGCCUUGCCCGGUGGCUGUAAUAUUGGAAAGAGGCCUGUAGAUCUCCAUCUUCGUGGGUUAAGGGCUCUCGGUGCUGUUGUUGAACUGAGGGAUGGGAAAGUGUGGGCACGUGCUGCAAAUGGCAGAGGAUUAGUUGGGGGGAAAUUCCGACUGGAUUAUCCUAGUGUUGGAGCAACUGAAACUCUUAUGAUGGCAGCAUCCAUGGCUGAUGGGACAACUAUGCUCUCAAAUGUGGCCAAAGAACCAGAAGUGGUCGAUCUUGCUCGCUUUCUGACCGACUGUGGGGCAUGGAUAGAAGGGGCAGGGAGCGACAAUCUAAUUAUCAGGGGAAAAAGGCAGCUCUAUGGUUCUGAAUGUGUUAUAAAACCUGAUCGAAUCGAAACCGGCACCUUCAUGCUUGCGGCGGCAAUUACUCGCUCAUGCAUCUUAAUGUCACCUGUCAUUCCUUCCCGUGUAUCAUGUUUGAUCGACAAACUCUCCCAAGCUGGCUGCAAAAUUUCACGGUUGGAUCAGCAAACAUUGCAGGUUUCAGCACACCCAUCACAUAUUGGUUACGAUUUGAAAAGUUUCGAUAUUAAGACGAACCCGUUUCCGGGAUUUCCAACAGAUCUGCAACCUCAAACAAUGGCACUUCUCACUACAUGCACUGGUUCCAGCUUGGUGGAGGAGUCCGUGUUUGACAACCGUAUGACUCAUGCAAGGGAACUGCAGAAGCUCGGAGCGAGAAUUCAGGUCAGCGGGAGAAAUGCACUAGUUUACGGGUUUGACGAAGGAAGUUCAUUGCAAGGCUCUCGUGUUAUUGCAAGAGACUUGAGAGGUGGGGUUUCACUUAUAUUAGCCGGAUUGGCUGCAAAAGGAACCACUCAGAUUCAUGAUAUUGCACAUAUUGAACGAGGCUACGAGAAUAUUGACAUGAAGCUUCAAAAUCUAGGAGCUGAUAUCCAAAGACUGACACUCACACCAGUGCCCCUUAUUUUAUAACCUUCUUACGUUUCAAACAUGCACCCAGAUUUGCAUUUCAUUAAAUCCCACGACUCUUUAAACCAUUUCAUACCCGAGAAGACCUAGAUUCCACCAGUAUUCAAGCCUUAAUUCUUUUCGUUGUUGUAAUGAAAGAGUGGCAGUUCAAGAAUAAAUUAUGGAUUUCAAUUGUUUCGAUUAGAUUCGAAAUCCAUGCUUGUUGCAACA